UAAUUAGUCAAUGCAAAAUUCAAGAAGAUCGUAUUUCUGCAUAGUAAAACUCUGAUCAAUACGGAGGGAAGGGCCAAAGAAAAGUGCAGUUGGCAUCUCUCCUUCCACUUUGGCAGCUCACAAGUUAAAGCAGUCAUCGACGACAAAGGGAUCAAAUAGUUAAAGAAGAAUGAAGGAGUUCAGCUACGAGGAAAUUGAAGAGGCAACCAAGAGCUUUGAUCCCUCGCAGUUGAUUGGGAAAGGAAGCCAUGGAAGUGUCUACAGAGGCACGCUCAAAGACGGGCGGAGCGUCGCAGUCAAGAAGCCAUGGGAAGGAAUUCAAUCAUUUGAGAACCACACCAAACUAAACAACGAGGUCGACCUUCUCGCUUCCCUCAUUAAUCCAAUCUCCGUCGUCUAUUUCGUGGGGUUCAGUCGAUCUUCUACGAGCAAGCUCCUCGUCAUGGAGUUGAUGCCCAAUGCCUCCCUCCACGACCUCCUCCACUCCUCCCCGACUCCGCCGACGUGGUCCCGCCGUGGCACCAUCGCUCUCCAAAUCGCCCGCGCCGUCCUCUCCCUCCACGCGGCUUCGCCGACGGCGGUCAUCCACCGCGACGUGAAGUCCGCCAACGUGUUGCUGGAUGGCAAAUGGAACGCCAAGCUCUGCGACUUCGGCCUCGCGGUGAGGCAUGGGAGCGGCGGCGACCACUCGGUGACGCCGCCCGCCGGCACCAUCGGCUACAUGGAUCCCCAUUACACGGAGUCCGGGAAGUUGGGUCCGGAUAACGACGUGUACAGCUUCGGGGUGGUGCUGUUGGAGCUCAUCAGCUCGAGCAAGGUGAUGGACGCGGAGCGGGAUCCUUCUUCGAUCGUUGCGUGGGUCUUGCGGAUGGUGAGAGCUGAUCGGAGUGCCGGAAUUUACGACGAGAGAGUGUCGUUGCCGGAGUACAUGAGGAGGCCGGUUGGUAGGAUGCUCAGAGUGGCCUUGAAAUGUGUGUCGGAGAAAGCAGAGAGGAGGCCGGCGAUGGGGGAAGUGGUGAGGGAGCUGCAGGGGGUGGUGGAAGGGCUGACGGCGUGGCCGGUGUGGGGCUGCGUGAGGAAUAAGGUGUCGAAGAAAGUGCAGGGAUGUGUCCGAGCGUGGAAGAAGCGCGCAGAGAAAAGAGUGAGCACAGCUUCAAGGAUCGUGUGCAGAGAUCACCUGGUGGAUGGUGGAGAGAAUGAUUAUGGAUCUUCGGCAAUGGCAUGAGUAUGCGAAGUAUUUGAGUUUAUUACUGAAGGAUAUCUUUUGAUGUACGUUAACAUUAUGGUCACAAUUGGCCGUCGUCGUGGCGACUUCAAAACUAUAGAUGAAUCAACCCAUUACCGACAGAAUGUAUUUAUGAAGAAGUCCGAAUCUACUUGUCAUUUUCAACA